AUGUACCACCACCAUAUGUUAAAGCCCUCAGGGUGCAAAUUCAACAGGCAAACUAAAUUUACAGAGUUGGCACCAAGUCUGGACAGUUCCACGCCCUCUCCGCUCUCGCCCGCCUUCGGACGACCAUCUCCGCCCUCGCCCGUCUACGUACGACCAUCGCCCGCGCUCGCCUACGUACGAUCAUCUCCCGCCUACGAACGACCAUCUCCGCCCUCACCCGCCUACGUACGACCAUCUCCAUCCUCGCCCGCCUACGUACGAUCAUCUCCGCCCUCACCCGCCUGCGAACGACCAUCUCCGCCCUCGCCCGCCUACCUGACGACCACGAAGCCUGGGGGAUUCAUCGCGGCCUUGUCUCCGCCCGUGCCCACCUACGAACGACCAUCUCCGCCCUCGCCCGCCUACGUACGACCAUCUCCAUCCUCGCCCGCCUACGUACGACCAUCUCCAUCCUCGCCCGCCUACGUACGAUCAUCUCCGCCCGUGCCCACCUACGAACGACCAUCUCCGCCCUCGCCCGCCUACGUACGACCAUCUCCAUCCUCGCCCGCCUACGUACGACCAUCUCCAUCCUCGCCCGCCUACGUACGAUCAUCUCCGCCCGUGCCCACCUACGAACGACCAUCUCCGCCCUCGCCCGCCUGCGAACGACCAUCUCCGCCCUCGCCCGCCUACGUACGAUCAUCUCCGCCCGUGCCCACCUACGAACGACCAUCUCCGCCCUCGCCCGCCUACGUACGAUCAUCUCCGCCCGUGCCCACCUACGAACGACCAUCUCCGCCCUCGCCCGCCUGCGAACGACCAUCUCCGCCCUCGCCCGCCUGCGAACGACCAUCUCCGCCCUCGCCCGCCUGCGAACGACCAUCUCCGCCCUCGCCCGCCUACGUACGACCAUCUCCAUCCUCGCCCGCCUACGUACGACCAUCUCCAUCCUCGCCCGCCUACGUACGACCAUCUCCAUCCUCGCCCGCCUACGUACGACCAUCUCCAUCCUCGCCCGCCUACGUACGACCAUCUCCAUCCUCGCCCGCCUACGUACGACCAUCUCCAUCCUCGCCCGCCUACGUACGACCAUCUCCAUCCUCGCCCGCCUACGUACGAUCAUCUCCGCCCGUGCCCACCUACGAACGACCAUCUCCGCCCUCGCCCGCCUACGUACGACCAUCUCCAUCCUCGCCCGCCUACGUACGACCAUCUCCAUCCUCGCCCGCCUACGUACGACCAUCUCCAUCCUCGCCCGCCUACGUACGACCAUCUCCAUCCUCGCCCGCCUACGUACGACCAUCUCCAUCCUCGCCCGCCUACGUACGAUCAUCUCCGCCCGUGCCCACCUACGAACGACCAUCUCCGCCCUCGCCCGCCUACGUACGACCAUCUCCAUCCUCGCCCGCCUACGUACGAUCAUCUCCGCCCGUGCCCACCUACGAACGACCAUCUCCGCCCUCGCCCGCCUACGUACGACCAUCUCCAUCCUCGCCCGCCUACGUACGACCAUCUCCAUCCUCGCCCGCCUACGUACGACCAUCUCCAUCCUCGCCCGCCUACGUACGACCAUCUCCAUCCUCGCCCGCCCUACGUACGAUCAUCUCGCCCGUGCCCACCUACGAACGACCAUCUCCGCCCUCGCCCGCCUACUUACGACCAUUCUCCAUCCUCGCCCGCCUACGUACGAUCAUCUCCGCCCGUGCCCACCUACGAACGACCAUCUCCGCCCUCGCCCGCCUACCUGACGACCACGAAGCCUGA